GUGCACAGAAGGCAGUGGAAUGAAGACACGCCGCGAAUACGAAUGCCAUAAUGAACACCAAAACAAACUAUGAAUAUACUUCUAAUACAUAUAAUGGAGGUAUUACGAGAAACGAUAGUCCGGCUGCUUUAUUAGACAUGCUUGCAGAAGUUGCAUCCCAAACAUUACAUUCAGAAAAAAAACGUAGUAAAUCGCUGUUGACUUCACAAUGCAAGCCAAAAACAGAAUGCAUAAGAAGAAAGACUCAAGAAUCAUCUUUUAACGUUUCGCAACUUUUAUCUAUGCCUGCGUCACAAUUAGUUAAACAGUUUUCUAUUUUUACAAGCGACGAAUUAAAAAGGCAAUACUCUUAUACAUGUGCUCUUAUUAUUGGAUGUGGACAAAAGUACACUAGUUUUGCAAGUGAAGGAAGAGCCAGAAUGUCUAUCAAAGCACAUUUAGCGGAACAUUUGGAAUAUUUAAAAACAAAUAAGGAUGCCUAUAAGACCUUUACUGCAAAGUCUGUGAAUUAUAAAAAUCAUAAAACAAGUUCACAGAACAAAAAAACUAGACUACAACAAUCAAGAAAACCACAGGAGACAUUGAAUAAAGAAAAUAAGAAUGUUAUAGUAGAAAAAUCAACAAAUUAUCUGCGAAAUAUUCUAUUAAAUGAUUCUAGUUUUAAGGAAUUAGACAAGAAUAAAAGCUUCGAAAGAAUAGAAAAGUCUAAAAAAUUACAUAAUUCUGAACAAAAAGAUAUAGAUAGAACAGAGUUUAAAGUACUUGGGGAUCAUAGUUAUUUUGAACGUUUGAAAGAUGAGAUUCCUAAUGGCAAGGAAACAUCAUCUUUUAGUAGUAUUCUUGAAAACACAACAACAGAUGAGAAUAUUGUUCUUAUGGUUGUUGGCACUGAUACUGUUCAUAUGAAAGAGUAUUCUCACAUUAAUCAAAAAUUAUCAGAAAAAAUCAAUCAAGAGUCGGAGACCAUUUAUUUGCCAGAGAUUACAUGGUCAGGUGAAAUUUGCAAUAAAAAUGGAGAAAUUAUAGCCACUAAACCUAAAGGGAAAGCAAAAUUUAUAGGCACCAGUAAAGAGGAAAGAGAAAUGGCGCUAGCGUUUAUGGAUCGUAUUAAGAAAAAAGGAAAUCCAACAGGAAGUAAUCUCCAAUGUCGAAUUUGUAAUCCGCCACGAAGUUUUACAGCGCCUACAACAUUAGUGUCUCACUAUCGUAGUCAUGCUGGAAUAAAACCAUACGAAUGUCGUAUAUGCAGAGCAGUUUUCACAAGAAGGCAUAGUUUGAAAUAUCAUAUGCUAAUUCAUCAAAAUCAGACACGAUUUACGUGUGCUGAUUGUGGGAAAAAGUUUAGACAUCCAUCGCAUUUUAGAGAACAUCGACGUAGGCAUACAGGAGAAGCACCGUUUGGAUGCGACGACUGUGGACAAAGGUUUAAGACAAGAAACACCUACAAACGUCAUUUGAAGACAAGACAUGGAAAAGUUUUAACGACUACCGGAGAGUUGUUGUAUCUAUCCGAGGAAGAUUUUCAGAAAGUUCGAACUCACAAAAAGAAAAAGAACGAUAUAAGUAAAGAAUAUGUAAUAGAUGAGAGCAUAAUUGCAGCAAAAGCAAUUAUGAAUUAUCAAAAUAAUAAUAAUAAUAAUCAACAGGAUACUGCGACUGAGGAAUAUGUUCUUAACGAAGGUACUGCUGAUAAUGAUAAAAAUUGGAAGUCCAAUGAUACGCUACAGAUUAUUAAGAAUUGUUUUGAAACUUAUGAGGUUUAUCCGGAAUCUCAUUUAAAUAAGACUGAACACAUAGAGACUGAAAUACAUAUAGAUAAAAAAGUUUGUAAUAGAAAUGGAAGUAGUUUAUCGGACGAAUAUACGGAUAAAGUGUACAAAAAUUCGUCACAAUUGCAAAAUAUUUCUUAUAAUAAAUUAGAAGUAAUUCAGGGUGAGAAAGAUCAAAUCGUAUGUCAUGAUAAUAUUGGCCAAUCUGAAUUAAUUUAUCAUAACGUAAAUGAGCCAUCAUCGUACAUUAAAAUAAAAUAUAAUAAUUUGGUUAACGAUGAAAGCCAAAACAAUAUAAAAUUCCAAGAUAAUUUUAAACUUCCAGAAAAUGAAUUGAAAAAUCAUAUACAAAUAAUGGAGCAUACUCAAGAAGAUUUUUCAAAGUGCAUAUUAAAUAACCCUGUACGUGAACAAGUUACAUAUGUACAUAACAUAGAAAAAAUAGAAGCAAAAUUUCUCACCCAAGAAAAUGAAAAAGAAGACAAUAAUUUCAUUCUUAAUGAUAAAUCUUAUCAAGAAAACCAUGAGAUCGCUGUGACAAAAGGUUUCAUAAAUACUUUGCACACUAAUAAGAUUUUAUCAUCAACUACAGAUAUAUUAAAUCAAAACAAAGAAUGCCUGUUACAAGAAGGUAAUUAUCAAGCAGUUGUAACAGAUUUAAUAAAAAAUGAUGUGAGCGCACCAUUGAACAAUGUUCUUGGAAAGAAUCAAAAACUUUUGCAUCAAAGUAAACAGCAUUUAUAUAUUCACAAUCAACCCUUGACUAGUAUAAUAGUACAAAAUAAAUGCAUCAAUAUAGUUCCGCAUCAAUUCAAAACUUGUCAUGAUCAGCAAAAUAAAUCAAAAAUGCAACUGAAUGGCGGUCAAAAAUUUACACUUCUAAAUAAGCGUGUGCAAGCAGUUAAUAUAAAGCAAAAUGGAAAUGAUAAUACAAUUCUAUUAUUGACUAAUGAUACUUUACAGAAUAGUGUUCUUAGGAUUGAUCCAAAUAGCACUACUGAUAAUGAAAUUAAGAAACAGAUAUUUGAAAAAAGUAAGUAA